AUGUCGACAGUUUACCAUGUGUUCGGUCGGGUUGGUCGGAUAAAUCUUGUUAACAAGUUUCUGGUUUUCACACCUAGGUCCUAUAGUUACCAUGGAAAUCAAUUUCACCAUAGAGGAUGCUGUACGUUAUCACAUUAUCUUGUAAAAAAUGGUCACCUGGACUACAGGAUAAGUCACAAUGGCAGUUUACAAAAUCAGUCCCUCACUACUCAGGUACGGCACAUGUCAGGCCAAAGAAAAGGCUUCUUUUCACAGGUCUUUGACAACAUUAAGCAAGAGUUUUCAAAAAACAAGGAAAUGAAGGAAAGUUUAAAGAAGUUCAGAGAAGAGACAGAAAAGUUGGAGAAAUCAGAGGCAAUUCAGCAAGCUCGACGGAAAUUUGACAGCAUUGAGGCAGAAACACUAAGAGGAUCCUCAGCAAUUAAAAAGAAGCUUGAAGAUAUUAAAGAGACUGUAGAGCACACUGAAUUUGCCAAAAAGGGUAAAGACUUCACGGAUGAACUGACAAAGACUGCUGGGAAAGCUGCCGAGUCCAUCACAAAACAAGGGCAGCAACUGGGCCAGAGUGCGGCAUUUAAAAACAUAUCAGAGAGUGUUCGAGCGGUAAAGUCAGAGCUGGAUGAAGCCACAUUAUCUCGAGCACGUACAUACCGGCCGCCAGCCACUCUGAAAAUGAGAUCUGACUACUCAUCAAAAGCUGGAGACAACAAACAUGUGGAAGCAAACACAGAAGCUACUGGUAUGGUGAUGCACAAGGAUUCUCGUUGGUAUCAAAGCUGGCAGAACUUCAAAGACAACAAUGAAUAUGUAACAAAAUUAUUUGAUCUUAAAAUGAAGUAUGAUGAAAGUGACAAUGUUCUUAUCCGAGCUACUAGGACUUUCACAGAUAAGAUAGGAUACCUAUUUGGAGGUAUGUUCUCCAAGACAGAAAUGUCCGAGGUACUGACAGAGAUUGUCAAAAUAGACCCUAACUUCACAAAAGAAAGAUUUAUUGAGGAGUGCGAGAAAGAAAUUAUCCCAAAUAUAUUGGAGGCAAUGGUGCGAGGAGAUUUAGAAGUUCUGAAGGAUUGGUGCUAUGAGGCUCCAUUCAACACUCUGGCCCACCCGAUUAAGCAGGCUUUUGCAGCAGGUUACAAGUUCAACUCCAGGGUUUUGGAUAUUAACAAUGUGGAUGUGGCCGCUGGUAAGAUCAUGGAGCAGGGCCCGGUGCUGGUGAUCAGCUUUAACGCCCAGCAGAUCAUGAGCGUAUGUGACAGUAAGGGCCAACUGGUGGAGGGGGACCCAGAAAAAAUUCUGAGGAUCCUGUAUGUGUGGGCCCUGUGUCGUGAUCAAGAAGAACUGAACCCCAGAGCUGCCUGGAAGUUACUGGACAUCUCGGCCAGUAGUGCAGAGCAGUGGCUAUAGGGUCACACGGUAUAGUGAAUCAACAACUGUGCGGUUAAAGCCCUAGAUGUGAUCUGCGGUGUCUUAUAGUGGGUUUCAGUGCUGAGUUCCAAUAGUGCCGAACUGCGGAGAACCAGUAUUACUGAUUGAAGGCUGACAGUCUGUGGAGUUCCAGUAGUGCUGAUCAAACAGUGUGGAGUUCGAGUAGUGCUGAUCAAAAACUGUGGAGCUGCAGUAGUUCUGAUCAGACACUGUGGAGAACCAAUGGUGGACUGUAGCGAUUGACAGGUGUCACUGUCUAGAGCUCCAGUAGUGCUGAUCAAAGAUUGUAGUGUUCCAGUACUGGUUAAAGUCUGUGGAGUUGCAGUACUGAUCAAAGAUGUGGAGUUGCAUAACUGGAUAAAUUGGGUGGACAUCAAGUUUCCUGUUCUGAGUAUGUGGAGUUUCAGCAGUACCACGAGAAGACUAAACUGUGGCGUUGAGCCAGUAGUGGUGAUCAGGCUUGCAGAGUUUAUUUCGUGCUUGUGGCUCACUGUGAAAUGUGGAUAUGUGAGUGAUGGUAAAUCAGCAGAAUGCAAGAGAAUAAUAUAUGUUUUGUUUUAUACCAAUGAUAAAAUGUCCCAAUGAAUAUGGUGAACCACGUAAAACAUGUACAGUUGAUGACAUCGCAUUAGGUCACGUUGUACAAAAAAGUACAAAAUGGGUAAUAGACUUGCUCUGAAUUCCCGGUCUUGUUGCAAGAUCAGUUUUGAGGCGUGAAACUACGAGAUGUAGGACUGCAAAGUAUGCAGUACGCAGGUUAUGUCACAAGAUUGACAAAUAUUUUCUAUAUAAACAACAUAAUGUAAAAACAUUAAAAUCAGACUUGAGAGUGGUACAAAUAUCAAGAGAUCUUAAAUGCAGUCUUAUGUUUUUCAGGUUAAAUGGAACAUAUAUAUUUGAUGGAGUUCACCGAUGCUGCCUGUUUUAUUUUGUCCAGGAUUUUUAAAUCACCUCCAAAUGGGAUUUUAUAAAAUACAUUACAUUUAUCCUGGGCUAUUUGAAUAAGUUUACAAAUUUAAAAUCAGACUUAAAACUAACGUAUGCCGCUUAAACUCGCCGUAAGCAAUUUUCUUGAAGCCCCACCUCAACACUGCAUGCUCUCCUAUAAGUGCACCUUUUAAAGCGAGAGUGACCUUAAGGGAGGUAAUUCGGUGCAACCUUAUUGAAGAUAGUGCAAUUUUGUGCACCAUAUUAUUUUUGAUUGUACAUUUUGCUGUGUGUGUGUGAAUGAUUAGUGUAGUUAAUUUGUGGUAAAUGGGUGUGUGGUGUGCAGAAUGGCAGCAGGAUAUGAUACGGAAGCCAACAGACAUGAUUCAAUUUUCAUCAGGAAUUAAAGAUUGGAAUACAGAUGAGGUUUUAGUACUUGGUAGUUAUUCGUUUUU